UAAUUUCGGAUACUACUUCAUCAGAUAUUUCUAGCUCUUUCUUUCACUUCGUUAUCAUGAAGCAAUGCUUUGAUAUCGAUAUUGUAGAAUACGACUUUCAAAUAUUCCUAAAGAUUCGAGUAUUUCUUGAAGAAAAAAUAACAGAAGAGAAACACCUACCGUUAAUUCAAUUGAUGUCAUUGGUAUUUCAAGAAGAACAAUCAAAAAACUCAACUCAUAAACGUGGAUUAAAUAACACAUCACAAGAAGAAAGAUUUCCAACU